AUGGGGGGGCGAUCACGGCUGUGCCGUGUGACUGCUCUUUUCGCUCUUCUGUGCUCCUGCACCCCACCUGCCGUCGUCAUCGACCCACGACCGCGACACGAGCCGAGCCGGACGAGGAAGGCGGAUGCGGCGAUGCUGUUCCUGCAGCUGCUGUGUUGCUGCUGUUUGCGCCCGCCCCCAGACGAGUCAGACGAGGUUAUCCCGAAUGAACGGACGCGGCUUGUCGAUGAGAGCAUUGCCCCUGCCCAGCCUGGGCCAGUGGUGGACCGGGAGACGCUGGAGGAGCGCUUCGGGGGGAUCGUGCGCGCCAAAGAGGGGCGGAUGGUGAGCGUAAGUGCACGGGCGCCGUUUGACAUGCACGACGACGACGACAACGACACGAGGAGCAGCGACGGCCCCGCCCCGCCGCUGCCCAGCACCAACGACGGCCCGACCGGCGUCUUGUUGCACCGCCGGCCGCCUGUGCUGACGAUGACGCCCGCCCGUGCGCGCUCGCAGGGCAGCUUCUCGCGCUUCUCCGACAGCCGCACGUCCUCCCGCUCCUCGUCACGUGCGCCGCCGCCCCGCACGCCCGCCAGCGCCUCGGGCUCCGGCGCGGGCUCCGGGGCCGGGGCGCCGGUGAGGGAGCGGAAUGGGCUGGGCCUAGGCGCGAGCGAGUGGUUCGCGGCGAGCGAGUCUGGGUCGUCUGCAGGCAUCGAGGAGGAGCCCGAACCGUCCCCGUCUCCGUCCCCGAGCCCGCCGGAUCACGGCCUCAGACAACCGACUUCAACGCCCGUCGCGGCGGCGGCAGCGCCAAUUGCUGCCCUCGCUGCAGCGCAUCCUGUCGUCACACCUCCGCCUCCGCACCAAGUCACGCCGCCCCCGCCACACGACCUCACGCCCCGCGCGGAGGGCCUCCCGCCCACAGGGAUCACGUUCGACUGGGACGACCUAUAA